GUGGUUUUUGUGGAACAGCAGCAGCAGAAGUUUCGUGUGAAGAGAGACAUUGUGGAUCGAGAUCUUGCUCGACAGAUCGUUGCCAGCGGUGGUUCACUGGAUGACCCUGAGUAUCCUAAUGAGUGGUACCUCACCCAAGGUGAUCAAUCCAAUCGCAGGGACGACACAAAAGCCGAUCUCAACGUUGUUGCAGUUUGGAAGAGGAAUAUUACCGGAGCUGGCAGCGUGGUGUCUGUUCUUGAUGACGGUAUCGAAAAGGAUCAUCCUGAUUUGAAAGAUAAUUAUGAUCCAGAGGCAAGUUGGGAUGCGAAUGACAACGACUCUGAUCCAAGCCCUCGAUACGACGAUACGAAUGAGAACAAACACGGGACCAGAUGUGCUGGAGAAAUCGCCAUGAUGGCUAACAAUAAAAUUUGUGGGGUUGGAAUUGCAUUCAAUGCCAGGAUUGGAGGUGUGCGAAUGCUGGACGGCACUGUGACUGACCGCAUUGAGGGGGAAUCUCUGUCGAAACAUUUGCAACACAUCCAUAUCUACUCUUCUAGCUGGGGCCCUAAUGAUGAUGGGCGAACUGUUGAAGGUCCUGGAAGAGUCACUCAGAGGGCCCUGGAGCAGGGCGUUCAGGAGGGACGAGGUGGUCUAGGCUCAAUCUUCGUCUGGGCGGGAGGAAAUGGCGGUCACAACGGAGAUAAUUGUAACGCUGAUGGCUACACGUCUGCCCCAGAAACUAUCAGUGUGGGUAGCACAACACAAGAUGGCAAUAUUCCAUACUACUGUGAAAGAUGUGCUUCAACUUUAACAACUGCUUUCAGCAGUGGGUCAUCUUCUGAGAGAAAAGUGGUAAGCGCGGAUCUACACAGUAAAUGCACGGACAAUCACAGUGGAACAUCUGCUGCCGCGCCAAUGGCUGCCGGUAUUUACGCCCUCAUGUUGGAAGUAAAUCGGAAUCUGACAUGGAGGGAUGUCCAGCACAUUACUGUGCACACUUCAAGAAUUGGACCCUUGUACAAGGAAAAGGGCUGGUACCGCAAUGGAUUUGGCUACUGUGUCAACCUGGCUUUUGGCUUUGGACUGAUGGACGCCCUGGCUAUCGUAAAGUUGGCCGACCCCAAAACAUGGAAGAGGGUCGGGGAACGGAGGAUCUGCAGAGUGGCGCCUGUUGCCUCCAGUGGAUUCCCUCGAAAGUUUGUCUCUGGCGAGUCUGUAGAAAUUGAAUUCCGAACCGAUGGCUGUGAGGGUCAAGAGAAUGAGGUCAACUUCUUGGAACACAUCCAGGCUGUGGUUGAUAUUGAGCACGAAAGAAGAGGGAAUAUCUACGUACAGAUCACGUCUCCUUCGGGCGUUAUAACACCACUUAUGGCGGAACGGAAGAACGACAAUUCAAAGAAAGGUUUCAAGAGAUGGCCAUUGACCAGCGUCCACAACUGGGGUGAGAACCCUAAAGGGACAUGGAGAGUCGUGGUGGCAGACAGGGGCUCUAACGGCCUCAGGGGGUCAGUGAACAAUGUGACACUAAUUUUGUAUGGCACUAAAGAACAGCCAGAACACCAGAAAAACUAUUUAUCCAAGUGUCCGGAACUGGACACUUACGCA